UAUACAUACUUUUUACAAAUCCAGUUCUCGUUUUGUUGUGUAUGUCUAUGACUAAGUGUGUGAAUGUAUGAAUAUAACGAGUGCAAUAUACUUCAAAUUAUGUUUAUGCUGGAGAAAUAGCUUAUUUCAGUGUCUAUAUCUCAAAAUGUCACUCAUCAAAUGCACGUAGCCCACAAACAAAUGAAAUUGAUUUCAAAUGUAUAUUUUGGAUAGAUUACAUGUAAAAAAAGUCAACGAGGAAUAAUUUAACGCAAAAUUAACAAACUGGGGCUCCUUCGUUCAAGUUGAGCUUUACAAUAACUUUAAUCAAAAGACACAAAGAUAUAAGUUGGAUUAUUAUGUGGUACCGAUACCAACUUAUCACAUCAAACAUUUAACUCUACAAUAAGAAAUUAAAAGUUUAAUCGUCAAGCACAAAACAAUUUACCCCUAUUUAAAAAUGAAUGUUUUUAAAAGGAAGCAUUGCCCAUUGUGGAUUGUAUAUUUAAUUUGUGUUUUUCUGAUGGCGUCGCGGACUAAUGCCGCGGCUGGAUCGCAAGGUGUGCCAACAUGGAUGUGUCUUGGACUAAGAUCGCCAUUUAUUGAAUUUGGAAGUCAAGAGGAACAGCUGGCGAAUACAAGUAUUCCUCUUAAUAUCACUAAAGAUGAACAAGCAUAUAUGCAUCAAGAGGGUCUGCGUAAACUUGGAACUUUUAUAAAACCUGUAGAUUUGCGAGACUCUCAGACUGGUUUUGUAAAAGCAGAUCUCACUAAAAGACUGACAAAUGAUCCGCCAAGAUCUCGCCGGAUUCAUCCGAUACAGGAAGAAAUGGAUCAAAAACAAAUUGUACUUCUUGAUGAUGAUACUGAUGAAAAUGGUCUGCCCGCUAGCUUAACUGAUGAGGAUCGCAAGUUUAUAGUGCCAAUGGCACUAAAGAAUGCAUCACCUGAUCCUGGGUGGCUUGAUUCUGCCUCUUCCCAUCCACCAGUUGUAAAAUCGACAUUCGUAGCCGCUUCCAAUACACAACGUCGAGCCACGCAAAUAGCACAUAGCAGUACAUCGACGAAACUAGAAGUGGACCCUACUUCCAAUAUUGACGAUUUGAAGAAGCACAUACUGUUCUUGCACAAUAUGACUAAAACCAAUACAAACUUUGAGUCAAAGUUUGUUAAAUUCCCAAGCUUGCAAAAAGACAAAGCUAAGCAGUCUGCUGGUUCACCAACGAACGUGAAACGUCCGCCUAGACCGGUUUUCCAAUAUGCAGCGCCGAUAGCGCCGCCCACACGCAAAGUUCCGCACGGCGCACAUACUCCAGGUCAACAGCCGUUUGGCGGUUACUACCAUAACGAUGAAGAUAUAAAUACUUUGUCGUCUUUUCUUAAACCAGUUGCGGAUACCAAUGAUUCUGCUCAAAGCGAUGGGAACAGAAAGUUGGAUAAUAUUCCCAUAGUGCCUCAAGUACACUUGUUGAAUGAGGAUGAGUCAACGACCCGGUCAACCACUGAAGAGACAGUGCCCACCAUAGUAAGUCCAGGAAAUUUGGAACCGGCACGCACAACGAAGCGCCCGGCUUGUCUUCGUAAUCCAGACUCACCAAAAUGUAUACGUCAGCGGCGACGAGAAGAGCAACAGCGCCAACGGGAACGAGAUGAGUGGUUUCGAGGUCAAUCAGAAUACAUACAACCUCGGUUUCAGCCUAUCAUACAAACGAUCAAUAAUACUAGGCGUUUCGCUGUCUCUAUUGAGAUACCAGAUUCCUUUAAAGCACAUUCCGCCUUGACUUCACCAUCCGAUGAAGCAGAGGAUGAAAGGCUGUAUCGUAUGAAGCGCUCGCAACCAAGCGGUCAGAAAGCCAUGAAAGAAAUCACUGAAGGCUCAGCUGAAAAGAAAUUUGAUAAACUGGCUCGUGAUACUGAUUAUUUCGACCGAGAUAUUGUGAUGACAUCGGCAGAUAUCGCAAGUGGAAGCGAUUUCCUGAUCGCCAAGAUGAACGGCUUGGUAUCACCUAAAGAACAGUACAAUGAUACAACUUCAAGACUAAAUGCCUACUCAGAAAAAAUAGACCUAAAUCCUAAUAGCUGUUAUAAAAUCAAUGGCUUAAGCUACGGCCAGAAAAAACAAUGUGUAAAGCAUACUAGUGUUAUGCCAGCGAUUAGUCGUGGUGCCCGUGCAGCUAUUCAAGAGUGCCAAUUUCAAUUUAAAAGUCGUCGCUGGAACUGCAGUACAACUAACGAUGAAACCGUUUUUGGUCCCAUGACAAGUUUAGGAAAUCAUGUCCUGGAGCGAAUUUUGAAUUCUAAUGACCUCGGAGUCCUACUUGAUCAUAAGAUGUGUUUUAACAGCCAUAUAGCUGCAACAGUAAAUAAACCUGAGUUCGUGCACAAGUUCCUUCUCGGGAUUGUUGACCCCAAAACUCUCUUGGGUCAGAUUGACUUCGCCAUUCCACUCCGCUUACCCAUAGCGGCACCAGAAAUGGCAUUUAUUCAUGCUCUUGCAGCAGCAACGGUGACCAGCUUCAUUGCCCGUGCGUGUCGAGAUGGCCAAUUAGCGUCGUGUGGCUGCUCGCGUGGCAAUCGGCCUAAACAGCUUCACGACGAUUGGACGUGGGGGGGUUGUGGUGACAACCUGGAAUACGCUUAUAAAUUUGCUACCGAUUUCAUCGAUGUGCGUGAGAAAGAGGCUCACCGUGAAACUCGCGGCGUUCGUAAAAGGACUCGCGAAAUUACCUUGAAGACUUUAAUGCAGGCUGACGAUAUAAAAACAUUUGGGACAUCCGAAUUGGAAACAACAAACGCAACGUUCUUGAUUAACGCAAAAAAUGACACUAUCGAUAAUUCGUCAAAAGAACUCAGAAAAAAGUCGAGUGCUAACAAUAAUUAUUUACGUAAAGACCUUGUGGUAACAGCAACUCCAUUAAAACUUCAAAGAAAGGAGAAUAGUGGACCAGGCUUACCAGAUGAUCUAUUCGAGCUUCAGCAACGUAUUACCAAAGAAAUACUCAAUUCAAAAUUGGAGGGAAGGGAAAUGAUGGUAUUGCAGGAAAAAAUUAAUCGAGAGAUUUUAAACUCGAAAAUUUUUCAAGCAGACGGUAAAAGCAAACGACGGAAACGGAAGCGGAAGAAUCAACGGGCUGUAGUUGAAGACGCGCCUAUUGCUAUCAACAAUGACAGAGUAAAUUAUGUGGAUGGAGUGGAUACUUCAACCACAACAACUACCAAGGCUAGAAGCCUAAUGAAUUUACAUAACAAUGAAGCAGGUCGUCGGGCCGUCAUUAAAAAAACUCGAAUAACUUGCAAGUGUCAUGGAGUCUCUGGAUCAUGCAGUUUAAUUACCUGCUGGCAGCAAUUAUCAUCUAUAAGAGAAAUUGGUGAUUAUCUGCGGGAGAAAUACGAAGAGGCAACCAAAGUGAAGUUAAAUAAACGAGGACGCCUUCAGGUUAAGGAUUCGCAAUUUAAAGUACCCACAGCGCACGACCUUAUUUACAUAGAUGAAAGUCCCGACUGGUGUCGAAGUAACUAUGUUCUGCAUUGGCCUGGUACGCAUGGACGGGUUUGUCACAAGAGCUCGUCGGGUCUAGAUAGCUGUGCCAUACUUUGCUGCGGUCGAGGCUAUAAUACCAAAAAUAUUGUCGUCCAUGAACGGUGUAAUUGCAAGUUCCAUUGGUGCUGCCAGGUUAAAUGCGAAGUUUGUACAAAGGUACUGGAAGAGCAUACAUGUAAAUAGAAUAUUUAAAAGCAACGGAAUAGUAAUAUCCAAAUGUUCAUUGCAUAGCCAUUAUAUAUUUAAUGGAUACUUACAAAAAUUAUUUAUUGAAAUCAAUAAGUUACAAAAUCGAUCAUUCUGCUUUCUGGUAUUUAUUUUUUAACAAUUAAACAGGUUACUAAAUCAUUCGAUUUUCAUUCCUGCGAAAUAACUAUAGAGUUAACUUAUACUAUUUAACGAUAGUUAAAAUUAAGGCUUGCUUUAUUUCAUAUAUAUAUUUUGCCUCACGAAUUGGGAAAAUAUUGUAACAUGCGCUUUCAUCCGAACUCGAAAUUAAGCAUGUAUGUAACUACUUUUUUAAAAAACUAUAUUCGUAAUAAUUUGUAUUCAGCGUAAAAUAGCUUCGAUUUUUAAUGCUUCUAUCCUAUUAGUAAGUUUAAUUCGUAAAACGAGUGUAUUUAUAAGUCAGAAAAAUUGAAACUGAUUUUAAAAUAUACAAAUUGAUGAUUGUGACGUGUAGCUAAUAAUUCGAUUUUAGCGCUAGAAUAAGUUCAAUUAGAUCUAAGUAGAUGCAAUGAUCAACCUAUGCUCGUAACGUAACUUACUUUUGUAAGUAUACAUCUAUAUGAUUUAGAAUGAAUUGUGUGUCUUCUAAUGUAUGAGAGCACAUCUUUCAAUAUAAAAUGUCCAAUUAGUGUUCCAAAAAGUUAAGUCGAACUAUUGAUAAUGAAAUAUCGGCUCUCAACUAUAGAAUCAUAUGCAAAUUACGAAUAAAAAGAUUGUACAUCUGGAAAUCAAA